GACCUAUGGUGUGUUCUUGUGUCGAUAUAUAAUGCAUAACACGGGAAUAAAUGAGACGCACGAAAUGCGUACAUUAUUUCUACUCGCGUUACAUUAUUAUCGAUGAUAAAUGAAUUCGAUAAAAAAUAAAUGGAGUAAAAAAUGAGUCAUCUCGUGCUGUCGUCUGCUUUAUAAUGUUUAUAUUAUGCAAGAGACUAUAAUUCGCAUGUGUGCGAGAGUGUGUUUUUAUUCACAUUUUACGUACAUCUAAUUACUGUCGUCUUUUCAUACAUAAAUGAAAUGUGAACAUUAGGAGCAGUAGAAAUAGCCUGUCAGUUGUGAUAAAAAUUGUAAUGCUUGAUAAGUACCAUGAUAUCAGAAUUCAUGUUUUGCCCACGAGCUGCGAUUCCUACGGGAAAAGCGCGUUUGUUGUAGCCUUCACACUAUUUGUUUAGUGCACAUCACUUGUUGAUAACGAUAAUGAUAAAAACUUGGACUUCGGAUAUCACACGACUUAUCGCGCGUAUAUAAGCUUGCCGAACACGUCACACAUGCUUACUUCGCAAGUGUUGUUUUCCACGGGUUUCUCGCGAAACGCAAUUUGUCGCGUUUGUAUUUUUUCGCGUGCACAUUAAAGUCAAGUAAUAAUUACACAACGUAAACAAUAACGACCACGACGAUGGCUAUAAAUCCUGCGAAGGCUAUCCUCCGGCUAGGAAGGACCGCAUUAUUCAUAUGCGACGUCCAGGAAAAAUUCGCGAAGGCUAUAUUCCAAUUUGACAAGAUAAUUCAAAACUCAACGAAACUGAUUAGUGCUCUGAGAAUUUUGAACGUGCCUAUGCUGGUUUCCGAACAGAAUCCAAAGUCUUUGGGAAAGACUAUUUCUGAACUUGAUAUCUCUGGAGCCAAGGGACCCUACGCAAAGAUGACAUUUAGUAUGUGUACUCCUGAAAUCAACAAGGAGCUCGCAACACUUUGUAAUGGACAAAAACCAGAGUCUAUUAUACUUAUAGGCGUCGAAACGCAUGUCUGUGUAGAAAAUACAGCUGUCGACUUAAGACAGUACGGUUACGAGGUUCAUACAGUGGCAGACUGUUGUUCGUCACGUACUCAAGAAGACAGAUUACUAGCUCUGGAGAGAAUGCGGGACAUAGGAUGUCACAUAACCACUUCUGAGAAUGUUAUAUUCAAGCUUAUACGGGACGCAAGUCAUGAUCAAUUCAAAAAUUUACUGACUCUUGUCAAAACGCCAACCCCAUACACAGGAUUAGUUCCUGUCUCGAAAAUAUAAGUGCUCUUGAAAAGUUAUUUUUGUAUUGUUUUUUGUAUAUAAAUACAUUUAUACCAAUGGGAUAUAAAUUACAGUUAAUGUACAAUCGCGAACGGUCCUGAGAAAUAAAGAGGCUAUAUUUUAUCAAAA